AGGAGGUCUCAGCUCCAUGGCUGGCAUAAUGAAGGCUAUGCUCAGGAUAGAGGGACAGCUGCUGUUACUUGUAUCCUUGAUGUGGAUUUGCUCUGGGCAAGAACCAGUGUUGGUGGAAUGCAGCCGUUUUAAUUUCCGCGCAAUUGCUAAAAGAGCCCUGUUCCAUCCGCAUAAAUUGGUAGGCCCUGAUGAAUUAUUUCUAGGGACUGGUUGUCCGGCUAUUUAUGUGCGACCAGACGAGAUUGAGUUUGAUUAUCCUGUCAGCUUCUGUGGAAUUGAAAAGCUGGAAUACUACGAUGGAACUGCCUUCCACUCCUUGCUCACAUAUAAACCGAAGCAUGGAUUAGCUGCUGCUGAACUUCAACUAAAGUGUACGGUUCCCAGGCCCUGUGUCCCACCCGAUUACCCUCAAAUGUACCCUCUGCUUGUCGAAAAACCUGAUGCUCAAUACUGGUUUGUGAAACGAUUCAUAUUCUGCGUGGACUGUGGCCAAAGUCACAUCCGGGAUAGCUGGUCAACACCUUAUUCCAGGCCAUACAAUCACUCGCUUCCAUAGUCGUCUUGGCCAGCCUCCAUCCCUUGGGUUUCAGAAGCUCCUGCCCGGGACCCUAAGCAGCAACAAACAGUAACCUGGUUUCAUGAUAGGAUGUGGUCUUCCAUUUUUAUAUAUGUGUGUGUGAGUUUAACUCAUUUUAAUCUAUUGUAAUCCCCUUUAUGAUGCCUUUGAGAAGAGGCUAUUGGUGUUUUUUAAUAAAUGUUGGCAUAUUUUA